CUGGGCGGGAAAACGGAGCGGAGCAGUCAGUGCUGUUCCCGGUGUUUCUAACGGUUUCCAGCUCUAACCUGACUUGUUCUGGAUCAAAACCAGCGUCCAUAGGUCUACUCUAAUAACUCCUAACAUCCCGCUAGCUUAGUGGGUAAACGCUGUGUUUAAGUAUAUUUGAUCUUGUUCGGCAUCCCGUUAGCUAAUCUAACGGUCGGAAGUGACUGGGCUACGGUUGGACAGGAAUGAGGAAAAUGGCGUCUGGCAAAAUGUGCGUUAGAGGAAGCAAAGAGGAAACGGCAGAGUGGACCGGAUUAUUCAUCAAUGACCUACGGACCAAGCAGGAGUCUCUGGUCUUUGUGAAGAGGAUGAUGGCUGUGGCCGUCUCCUCCAUCACCUACCUGCGGGGCAUCUUUCCAGAGUACGCCUACAGGUCCAGGUACCUGGAAGAUUUGUGCAUCAAGGUUUUGCGGGAGAACAGCAACACCCCUGGCGCCAACAAAGUGGUGAAAUGGAUGAUGGGCUGCUUCGACGCGUUAGAGAAGCAGUAUCUCCAGAUUAUAUCCAUCGGGGUUUACACGGAUCCGGAGGACCGUAAUUGCAUCAUUGAGUCCUACCAGUUUAACUUCAGAUACGCCGAGAAGGGCCCAGAAAUGGACGUACUCAGGAACGAUGAAAUGGAGAUGCAGGUGACCCUGGAGGACACCAAGAGGGCGUCAGUGCUGCUCAUCAGGAAGCUCUUCCUGCUGCUGCAGAACCUGGAUGUCCUCCCCAGCGACGUCCACCUCACCAUGAAGCUCUACUACUACGAUGACGUCACGCCAGCAGACUACCAGCCGCCAGGCUUCCAGGAAGGGGUCUGCGACCGGCUGUGGUUCCAAGGGAUGCCGGUGCACUUCAAAGUGGGCCAGGUGCACACGAGCUACCACUCGCUGAAGGUCCGCGUGUCUGUGGAAGAAGGCCAGGUGAAGAAGCUGCAGGAAGGAAACUACAUGAAGGAGCCUAAGCAGGCUUCCCCAGAGAGAGAAGGGAGCAAGAAUCCUCCAGAGAGGAAAAAAACUGAAGAAGACCUCCCCUCUGAGGAUGAGUCUGCGCAGUUCAAGAAACCCAGAAGACCUCUGGUAAAGAAAAAGGCUGCUCCCAAAUCUGCGGCGAGGAAGAGGAGGAGAAUGUAGGGAGAGCCAGGAGGCCAGCGGGGCAGGGCGGGUCAGCGGGGCGGGGCCGGUUCCAUGGUGCUGUUUGCUGACGCCGUUCAGGUUCUGGGUCACACAGGCUGCUGUGUGCUGACGACACAAAGCACGAGGCAAACGCUGCCGCCACUUCCCAAGGAGCAGUCUGAAGGACGUUUUAUUACACAAAGUUACAAAUGUGUUGUUCUGAUUACUUUCAAAUAAAAAGGCAGGUUUACAGAAA